GCUGACGGAUUGCGGGAGUGCCGGCGCUCGCCAGCCGAGGCAGCACGACUCCGCGGACUUUUUUUCAAACUCCCAUCAAUGAGACUUCGAGGAGGAGCGGGCGGCGGCGACUGCGGGCGCGGAGGAAGGCCAGGAGCCGCGGGAGGAGCCGGAGGAAAGAGCGCGGGCCGCGCUGCGCGCCGGUGCCUCGGGGAGCCGCCUGCUCGCCGGCGUUAGGGGCUGAGCGGCGCCCGCCCGCCUCUCGGUCCCCUCUUUCCUGGCUCGCCCCGCCCCGGCUGGCCGGAGCCCCGGCACAAGGCAGCCAGCGAGGGUCGCCGCGCCAGCCAAGGUGGGAUGGGGGCCCACAGCCACCGCCCGGCGCCCGAGAGGCCACCUGCGUGCUAGAGGCAAACUUUUGUCUCCCUCGGGUUGCCACCUAGGACGAUGAGCGGCUGAGAUGGAGACGUCUGCCUCAGCCACUGCCUCCGAGAAGCAAGAAGCCAAAAGUGGGAUCCUGGAGGCCACUGGCUUCCCCGACCCGGGCAAAAAGGCCUCUCCUUUGGUGGUGGCCGCAGCAGCAGCAGCAGCGGUAGCUGCCCAAGGAGUGCCGCAGCAUCUCUUGCCACCCUUCCAUGCGCCCCUACCGAUUGACAUGCGACACCAGGAAGGAAGGUACCAUUACGAGCCUCAUUCUGUCCACGGUGUGCAUGGGCCCCCCGCCCUGAGCGGCAGCCCUGUCAUCUCUGACAUCUCCUUGAUUCGGCUUUCCCCGCACCCGGCUGGCCCUGGGGAGACCCCCUUCAACGCCCCCCACCCAUACGUGAACCCCCACAUGGAGCACUACCUCCGUUCUGUGCACAGCAGCCCCACGCUUUCCAUGAUCUCUGCAGCCAGGGGCCUCAGCCCCGCUGAUGUGGCCCAGGAGCACCUUAAGGAGAGGGGACUGUUCGGCCUUCCUGCUCCAGGCACCACCCCCUUAGACUGUUACCAGCAGAUGACCCUCGUGGCAGGCCACCCCGCACCCUACGGGGACCUGCUGAUGCAGAGCGGGGGUGCUGCCAGCGCACCCCAUCUCCACGACUACCUCAACCCAGUGGACGUGUCCCGUUUCUCCAGCCCGCGGGUGACGCCCCGCCUGAGCCGCAAGCGGGCACUGUCCAUCUCCCCACUCUCAGACGCCAGCCUGGACCUGCAGCGGAUGAUCCGCACCUCACCCAAUUCGCUGGUGGCCUACAUCAACAACUCCCGAAGCAGCUCGGCGGCCAGCGGCUCCUACGGGCACCUGUCAGCAGGCGCCCUCAGCCCAGCCUUCACCUUCCCCCACCCCAUCAACCCCGUGGCCUACCAGCAGAUUCUGAGCCAGCAGAGGGGUCUGGGGUCAGCCUUUGGACACACACCACCCCUGAUCCAGCCCUCACCCACCUUCCUGGCCCAGCAGCCCAUGGCCCUCACCUCCGUCAAUGCCACACCCACCCAGCUCAGCAGCAGCAGCAACUGUCUGAGUGACGCCAACCAGAACAAGCAGAGCAGUGAGUCGGCCGUCAGCAGCACCGUCAACCCUGUCGCCAUUCACAAGCGCAGCAAAGUCAAGACCGAGCCGGAGGGCCUGCGGCUGGCCUCCCCUCUGGCGCUGACGCAGGGCCAGGUGUCUGGACACGGCUCAUGUGGGUAUGCCCUUCCCCUCUCCCAGGAGCAGCUCGCUGACCUCAAGGAAGAUCUGGACAGAGAUGACUGUAAGCAGGAGGCUGAGGUGGUCAUCUAUGAGACCAACUGCCACUGGGAAGACUGCACCAAGGAGUAUGACACCCAGGAGCAGCUGGUGCACCACAUCAACAACGAGCACAUCCACGGGGAGAAGAAGGAGUUCGUGUGCCGCUGGCAGGCCUGCACACGGGAGCAGAAGCCCUUCAAGGCGCAGUACAUGCUGGUGGUGCACAUGCGGCGGCACACGGGCGAGAAGCCUCACAAGUGCACGUUCGAGGGCUGCUCGAAGGCCUACUCCCGCCUGGAGAACCUGAAGACACACCUGCGGUCCCACACCGGGGAGAAGCCAUACGUGUGCGAGCACGAGGGCUGCAACAAAGCCUUCUCCAACGCCUCGGACCGCGCCAAGCACCAGAAUCGCACCCACUCCAAUGAGAAACCCUACAUCUGCAAGAUCCCAGGCUGCACCAAGAGAUACACAGACCCCAGCUCUCUCCGGAAGCAUGUGAAAACGGUCCACGGCCCAGAUGCCCACGUCACCAAGAAGCAGCGCAACGACGUGCACCUCCGCACACCGCUGCUCAAAGAGAAUGGGGACAGUGAGGCUGGCGCCGAGCCUGGCGGCCCAGAGAGCACCGAGGCCAGCAGCACCAGCCAGGCCGUGGAGGACUGCCUGCAUGUCAGAGCCAUCAAGACCGAGAGCUCCGGGCUGUGUCAGUCCAGCCCCGGGGCCCAGUCCUCCUGCAGCAGCGAGCCCUCCCCGCUGGGCAGUGCCCCCAACAAUGACAGUGGCGUGGAGAUGCCGGGGACGGGGCCCGGGAGCCUGGGAGACCUGACGGCGCUGGAUGACACACCCCCAGGGGCUGACACCUCAGCCCUGGCUGCCCCCUCCGCUGGUGGCCUCCAGCUGCGCAAACAUAUGACCACCAUGCAUCGGUUCGAGCAGCUCAAGAAGGAGAAGCUCAGGUCACUCAAGGAUUCCUGCUCAUGGGCCGGGCCGACUCCACACACACGGAACACCAAGCUGCCUCCCCUCCCGGGAAGUGGCUCCAUCCUGGAAAACUUCAGCGGCAGUGGGGGCGGUGGGCCCGCGGGGCUGCUGCCCAACCCUCGGCUGUCGGAGCUGUCCUCGAGCGAGGUGACCAUGCUGAGCCAGCUGCAGGAGCGCCGCGACAGCUCCACCAGCACCGUCAGCUCCGCCUACACCGUGAGCCGCCGCUCCUCCGGCAUCUCGCCCUACUUCUCCAGCCGCCGCUCCAGCGAGGCCUCGCCCCUGGGCGCUGGCCGCCCGCACAACGCCAGCUCGGCUGACUCCUACGACCCCAUCUCCACGGACGCGUCGCGGCGCUCGAGCGAGGCCAGCCAGUGCAGCGGUGCCUCUGGGCUGCUCAACCUCACGCCCGCGCAGCAGUACAGCCUGCGGGCCAAGUAUGCUGCGGCCACGGGCGGCCCCCCGCCCACCCCGCUACCAGGCCUGGAGCGCAUGAGCCUGCGGACCAGGCUAGCACUGCUGGACACGCCUGAGCGCGCGCUGCCCGCCGGCUGCCCACGCCCGCUGGUGCCGCGGCGUGGCAGCGAUGGGCCGACCUAUGGCCACGGCCACGUGGGGGCUGCGCCUGCCUUCCCUCACGAGGCGCCAGGCGGCGGAGCCAGGCGGGCCAGCGACCCAGUGCGGCGGCCCGAUGCCCUGGCCCUACCGCGGGUGCAGCGCUUCCACAGCGCCCACAACGUGAACCCCGGCCCACUGCCGCCCUGUGCCGACAGACGAGGCCUCCGCCUGCAGAGCCACCCGAGCACCGACGGCGGCCUGGCCCGCGGCGCCUACUCGCCCCGGCCACCUAGCAUCAGCGAGAACGUGGCGAUGGAGGCCGUGGUGGCAGGAGCCGACGGCGCGGGGCCCGAGGCCGACCUGGGGCUGCCAGAGGACGACCUGGUGCUGCCCGACGACGUGGUGCAGUACAUCAAGGCGCACGCCAGUGGCACUCUGGACGAGAGCGCCGGGCAGGUGUAUCCCACCGAAAGCACUGGCUUCUCUGACAACCCCAAACUGCCCAGCCCGGGGCUGCACGGCCAGCGCAGGAUGGUAGCUGCAGACUCCAACGUGGGCUCCUCCGCCCCUGUGUUGGGAGAAUGCCAGUUAGGCUUUGGGGCGCCCUCCAGCCUGAACAAAAAUAACAUGCCCGUGCAGUGGAACGAGGUGAGCUCCGGCACGGUGGACGCCCUGGCCAGCCAGGUGAAGCCUCCACCGUUUCCUCAGGGCAACCUGGCGGUGGUGCAGCAGAAGCCUGCCUUUGGCCAGUACCCAGGCUACAGUCCACAAGGCCUACAGGCGAGCCCUGGGGGUCUGGACAGCACACAGCCACACCUUCAGCCCCGCAGCGGAGCCCCCUCCCAGGGCAUCCCCAGGGUAAACUACAUGCAGCAGCUGCGACAGCCAGUGGCAGGCAGCCAAUGUCCUGGCAUGACUACCACUAUGAGCCCCCAUGCCUGCUAUGGCCAAGCCCACCCCCAGCUGAGCCCCAGCACCGUCAGUGGGGCCUUCAACCAGUUCCCCCAAUCCUGCGGCAACAUGCCAGCCAAGCCAGGGCAUCUGGGGCACCCUCAGCAGACAGAAGUUGCACCUGACCCUACCAUGAUGGGCAAUCGCCACAGGGAACUUGGGGUCCCCAAUUCAGCUCUGGCUGGAGUGCCACCACCUCACCCAGUCCAGAGCUACCCACAGCAGAGCCAUCACCUGGCAGUCCCCAUGAACCAGGAGAGCUACCACCAGGUCCCCAGCCUUCUGCCUGCCCGCCAGCCUGGCUUCAUGGAACCCCAGCCAGGCCCGAUGGGGGUGGCUACAGCAGGCUUUGGUCUAGUGCAACCCCGGCCUCCCCUCGAGCCCAGCCCUGCUGGCCGCCACCGUGGGGUACGUGCUGUGCAACAGCAGCUGGCCUAUGCCAGGGCCACAGGCCAUGCCAUGGCUGCCAUGCCAUCCAGUCAGGAGACAGCAGAAGUUGUGCCCAAGGGAGCGAUGGGCACCAUGGGGUCGAUGCCUCCCCAGCUGCCUCCGCAGGACACAGGUGGGGCCCUGGCCCACAACAUGCUCUACUACUACGGCCAGAUCCACAUGUAUGAACAGGAUGGAGGCCUGGAGAACCUCGGGGGCUGCCAGGUCAUGCGGCCCCAGCCACCACAGCCACAGGCCUGUCCGGACAGCAUCCAGCCCCAGCCCUUGCCCUCACCAGGGGUCAACCAGGUGUCCAGCACUGUAGAUUCCCAGCUCCUGGAGGCCCCCCAGAUUGACUUUGAUGCCAUCAUGGAUGACGGCGAUCACUCAAGUUUGUUCUCGGGUGCUCUGAGCCCCAGCCUCCUCCACAGCCUCUCCCAGAACUCCUCCCGCCUCACCACCCCCCGAAACUCCCUGACCCUGCCCUCCAUCCCCGCAGGCAUCAGCAACAUGGCUGUUGGAGACAUGAGCUCCAUGCUCACCAGCCUUGCGGAGGAGAGCAAGUUCCUGAACAUGAUGACCUAGAGCCCCAAGCGCCUGGCGCUGAGCGCACCCAGAGGGGUCGUCGCUGCCCGGAGCCUGGGGGUUCCAGCUGUUUUGUCUUUUUCCAAAAAAGUGUUAAAUAGGCUUGAGGGGUUGUUGCGCAGUGGCCGCUUCAGAUGACAGAUGUUGUAAGAGACGGUUUAUGGGCUUCCUCUCUGGUCUUUUGGAUUAUUCCUCAGAACAAUGAAAAAAGUCUCCAUAGGACAGGAAGGAAUGCAAAAGUCAUUCACACAGUGCUUUCCAGCCUUUGGUGCUUACAGGACCAGUCUGUUCUGGCUUCUUCAGGGCUGACAUUCGGCUAACGAGGGAUUACUUUGGCCAAAGCCUUUCCAAGGAUAUGCAGAAAGACGGUAGGGAGCAUUUGGGUUUGAAUCUGAACGCCAUACUGGGUACUCCGCUCCGGAAAGAUGAGCUGCUGCUUCUGCUACUUGGAAGGAAAAGGAAUUCCUGAUCCACCUGAAUUCCUCUAUGAUCCUAACUCUUGGGGUCUCUAACGUCCCUUGUCAUAGAGGAAAAACACAGAUUGUACCUGGAUGAUUCAGAAGCACAUUCUGAUUCCAGGUUUGGUAGAGCUGGCUCUUCUACCCCAUAAAGCCGAGUCUGGGACUGGCAGCCCCUCCAAGUGUAUGUGAAUGAAUAAAGCAUCCAAGUGUAUAUGAAUGAAUAAAGUAUGUAAGUAUCACCAGAAAAAGGAAAGAGAAAAAAUGUACUCCUCGGGACAAGCCCAGAAGCUGCCCUGGCCUCUUCAGACCGUGUUUACAGUGUUUGCAUGUGGAAUGUUGCCCUUCCUGAAAAGAAGACUUGUUUCUAAAUACCUCGGGGCUGCUGGAGCCACUGUGGGUUAGGGAUAGACUGAGGCCUGGAGAAGUGAGGGUGCACCGGGGACCCAGCCUCAGGCCACCCUGGGGAUCUCCCAGUAGGAAGAGGAAGUUGCAUGUUUACCCAGUCCUGUUCCUCCAAUGCAGUGUCCACCCACUUUACCACGAAAAACUCCAGGGCCUGACGGCAGCGCAGGCUCCCCCAGCACUCACCAGCAGCCCAGUGUUCUCCGCCAAGCCACAGUGUGCAUGCCUGGUAUCCUCCGGAUUCCCUUCCUUCUGCCCACCGCAUCACUGGGAUGACAUGUGUGGUAGUGUGAUUGGGGGUAGAAAGGGGAAGGGGUUGAUCCUCAGGACUCUGAGGGAGCGUCAUUGAAUUUUCCUGUUCAGUGUGACCAAGACCCACCUGGAAAUGGCUUCAGGAGACAUCAUUCCUGAACACACUGUAGGGUGAAUUGGUGCAUCUUCCCCACCAUACAUACACACACACACACACACACACACACACACACCCCCCAAACCUUUUCAUGGGGAAUGUGUGGCAACCUUGCCAAACAGCACCACUCAGAGUGUGACUCUGACUGUGACCAUGGCCUCAAUGAGGAACCUCUUAGGACAGUGUGAGGACAAGGCCAACAUCAUUAUCUGGGCCCCCUGCGUCCCAGCACAUCAAACUCUGUCCGGAGACAAGGCCGAGUGCAAAUGAAAGCCAGGGAAACUUGCUAAGGGUCUGUGGCUCUGCGGUGGUGGUCAUUACCUUCCUGAGAUAGGAUUUCCCUUGCCAGUCCCAACCUGUAUCUAUUCUGUACAGAAGACAUCCCUGAAUAUACUGCAGGUGAGUCGUCCAGCCAAAUUUAUAUCUCCAAAACAUUUUUAGCUUUUUCUACAUGCUAUGAAUUGAGAUGACAUGUUCGACUUGUAAAUAAGUCUUUUUGUACAUUAAAAAAGUAAUUUUUUCGUAAUUUAUCUUGUCUAUCUGCUUUUCCCUUGACGGUAGUUAAUGAGAACCUGGGCAGUAAAUUUGCUGCAUUCGAGCAGAAAUUAGGCUGUAUUUUUUCUUAACAGUGUCAAAAUUGACUAUCCCGCCUUUGCCAAGAAAUGUUUAAUGCUGAGGCA